AGAGGUACCCAUCUCCACCAGCUGUAUAUGGACAACCUACACAGUCACCAUACAACAGCAUGGCCUCACGUGGCCCACCUCCAUCGCAGCAGCUCACCAAUGAGAUGAGCGCCUUGAACCUGGGCAACUAUGGCCCAGGUCCCAUGCAGAGCCCUCCUCCUCCAAUAAGCUCUGUGGCCCACCAGCCUUUCCAAACACCCCCUCCUCCAGCAAUGGGCCAGCCACAGAUGCUUCCAGGCUCGCAGUCACUCAACAUGUCACCCCAGAUGUCUUCAUCACAGUCACCCCAGGCAAGCAUGUCAAUGACAAGUCCACAAAUGCCUGGGCCACCGAUGGCAGGUGUGGGUAGACCCUUCCCUGGGCCCCCACCUCCAGGCCCUGGAGGUUUCCAACAGCCUGGUCCACCAGGAUACCCACAGCAAGCAGGUCAGUUUGGGGGACACAUGGCUGGGCCCCAGCCUGGCAUGCCCGGGGCCUUCCCUGGAGCCCCAGGUUCACUGGCUGGUCCACCUCAGAAGAAACUGGACCCUGAUUCUAUCCCAAGCAUAGUGAGUAGAUAACCAAUCCUCUUGAGG